AUGAGACUUGCCAGUCCAGGUGGGCCGAGCAUGAGAGCAGGAAUUGUCGUUUUCACGAUUUCCCUCUGCCAAUGGGUGAUCUGUGAGGGGCAUGCCGACGACAUCGACUGCGGCAGGAUGCUCGAAGAUGGAGACUGUGUCAAGCGGCCACGGUUCAUGGAGCUACAUUGCGGGGGCUGCGGCAACUUCUCAGUGCACGAAGAGCUUCGUGGGCGCUUCCUCUUUGAGGACGCAGUGUCCCCGCUAUUGCUAAAAGACCUGCUCGCACUGGCACCCGAGGUGGUUGUUCCUGGGGAUGGUUACGGCGGGUUUGGGCUGGAGUUCAGCUCCUGGAUGCCGCUGACUGGGCUGUACGCCAGGCACAAGAAGGCCGCCGAGAGGCAAUGGCCUUUGCGCGCAGCUUCGUGGAGGUGCUUCGUUAGCGCUACGGGCAAUUGCGGCGACAGCCAUCCCCUGCACUCCGACGAUGGUUGCAUAUACCAGGAGCCGACAGACGACUUGAGCGAGUCUUGCAUCGCCCCCGAGGCGUGCACUCACUUGAACAAUGGCGCCAACACAUGCUGCGCUGAAAGCUUGCAAGACUACCCCGACAUAUCCCCAGUGCACUGUGCUGGUUUCUCCGAUGCAUUCUCUGUCAGACUGGGGACCCUCGAACGCAUGCGGCGUAUCUUUAUCUGCACGGACCGGAAGGAGGAGACUUUCGAGGAGGUGACUUCUUCUUUGCCAGCCACAGCCAAGAGCGAGUUCGGCUGCGACCUGCAGCAGGUCGUAUGGCUCGUAGCAAUUGCUGCGAGCAGCAGCAAUCUGCACGGUGUGGAGCACCUGGAGGCAGGCACCCGCUGUCAUGUCGGCGUGUGGGUGGCUGCUGACAGUGAGGAUACUGGUGCAUACGGGUAUCAGCGCUACAGCUUGCAGCAGGCAGAGAGCAUCUUGUCGGGAGUUCUUCCUCCUGGGUCAAGGCCGCAGGUUCAGGACUGGCGACAAGAAGCGAGCGGCCACCAGCAAAUGUGUGCGGCGGCAAGCAAUGUAAAGGCCAAGGCCGAAGCCAUCGGGAACCGUGAGCUUCAGGAAGUGGAAGUUCUUGCGGAUCUUCCUGGUCCCCAAAUACUCCGUGUAGGAGGUUUUCUAUCUGCGCAGGAAGCACAACACAUCAUUGCCCUUGCCAGGCCUAUGUUGAAGGAUGGCGUGGUGAUCGAGUCCGGCCAGCUGGUUCGAGCAAAGUAUAGGACAAGCCGGACUGCGUGGUUAGACGAGGAUCCGGUCUUGCGGAACAUCUCCAAACGGAUUGAAGACUUGACCGGCUUGUCCCUGCAGUCCGCGGAACAAUUUCAGGUGGCCCACUACACUGCGGAGAACCAGGGCAGUUACGAGCCGCACUUCGACUGGGGGACGGAGGUCGAAGUCACAGGCGCCUUUGGAACCCCGGAGGACAGCGGAUUUGGCUCCAGACAAGGAACAUGGUAG